AUGGCCACGCAACCCCCAAGACAGCAGCCUGUACAUCGUGCCAUGCAAUUCUACGGAAGCACCUUUAGAGGUAACGCCGUUGUUUCAUCGGGCGAUGUUGUGGUCUACCAAGGGCUGGAUGAGCAGGGAGUCCAACGGAUGCUGCAAGAGGAACGGGGUCGAGAACGCGAAGAGCAACAGGAAGAGUUGAGGAAGGAAAUUCGGGAUUGGUUUGCACCCAACGUCAACUUCCACGCCAUUCAGCAGGAGAAUAACAGCAAGUGGACUGAUGGGACUCUGUCCUGGUUUACUGACCGGGCGGACUACCAGGCAUGGAAGAACGGGGCACCUCGCAUCAUUUGGGGAACAGGGAUCCCUGGGGCUGGGAAAACUAUCCUCGCAUCCAGGAUCAUAUCCGAUCUCCAGCAGCUCCAAGCGGCCUCCUCCAUGAAGACCUGCGUCGUCUUUGCUUACUGUCGGUACUCGGAACGCCUGGAAGUCAAUGACAUCCUUGAAUCGCUCGUAAAGCAAUUCCUGCAUACAGACCCGUCAUUGGCGGACCUCGCAGAGCACCUCCACAAACAGCACAGCGAAAGCAAAACCCGACCCACCCAAAGAGAGCUGCUGGACCUAUUGCGUCAAUUCGAAAAUAAGUUCGAUGUCGUCUUCUAUGUCAUUGACGGACUGGACGAGGCACUGGUCACCGCACAGUUCGACCUCAUCCAGGCUGUCAGGAGCCUCCGAGGCCAAUUCGCCUUGACUUCCAGGCCAUUGAAAAACUUAGAGGAUGGUUUACCUUCCCCUAAAUUCUACUCUGUUUAUGCGAGGAAUUCAGACGUUAUCAUCCUGAUUGACGGAAAGAUCGCACUCAACUCCGGAUUUCAGCGCCUUCUAGAGCGGCAUGGGUACCGAGACGAGCUGGUCAGGCAAAUUGUAGACAAAUCCAGGGGAAUGUUUCUGCACGCCGCGCUUCAAAUCGAAUUUGUUCAGCACUGCCCCACGCUCACACAAUUGAAGGACGCGCUCAAUGGUUUGCCUGAGAACCUCGAAGAUCUCUACGUCCAAUCCAUGAAGCGUAUCAAUGAGCAGAAGAAGCCGAGAGCAGACCUAGCGAACCACGUCCUUCUCUGGCUCGUUUUCGGACGAGAAGUACUCCCCUUUUCUGACCUGCAACAUGCUCUCCGCCUCACACUCCCGAACUAUGAUGGCGAGAUUCACAAGGACGAUCUUCUUACCGUGUGCUGUGGCUUGGUCACUGUGGAAGCGGAAACUGAUCUCGUCCGCCUAGUCCACUUCACCGCCCAGGUCUCGCUGACGUCAGUGCUUAAGCAAUUUCUACCGGAACCACAUCAUCUGCUCUUCAAGGCCACGACGCAGAGGCUCAUCGACUGUGGGAUCCCAUCCAACGCGGAACGGUUCGAGGGAGGGUACGACCUUGAGAGAGGGUUUCUUCGGCAUCCACUCCUCAAGUACUCUUACGAUCACUGGGUUUACCAUGCACGGGAGAGCAUGGCGAAUCCUAGAUACAUCGAUUCGGUCCGACAAUUCGUCUGCAAAUGCACGUCAUUUCCAGCCAGGUUCGAUCUCUCGGAGGAAUGGCUUAACCCAGGUGUAUUCGUACUGCUUUCCCCUCUUCACGUCGUGGCGCGUUACGGGCUUCACCAGAUUCUCGGCUCAGUGCUCAUGGAUACCGCGAAGGGCAAUGUGGCAUUGCGGACGGGAGGAGGUAGAGAUCUCACUGCGUUGAUGGUGGCAUCGGCGUACGGGCAUGCAGAAACGGUGGACGCACUUCUGGGAUACUCGCGACGAACAGCACUGAAAUCAGUGUUGGGUGGCAAAGGACGACCGGGGACCCACCUUUUCAAGGCCCAGAUAAACCUUCGUGACCCCUAUGGUUGGAUAGCUCUCAUGUAUGCAGCAGAGAAUGGUCAGGAGGAGACCGUUCGACGCCUUCUCGCACAUGAAGAAACCAAGGUCAACAUCACCGACAACCAAGGGCGGACGGCACUCAAUCAUGCAGCGAACGGGGGUCACAGUGGCACGGUUGGACGCCUUCUUGCACAUAAGGAUACCGACGUGAAUAUCGCCGACAACAAAGGGUCAACGGCGCUCAUUCAUGCAGCAAAAGAGGGUCACAAUAACUCUGUUCAACGCCUUCUCGAACACAAGAACACUGACGUCAAUAUUGCCGAUAACGAAGGACGGACAGCGCUCAUUCAUGCGGCGGAGAAUGGUCAGGAGGACGCUGUUCGACGCCUUCUCGCACACAAAGAAACCAAGGUCAAUGUCACCGACAACCAGGGGCGGACGGCACUCAUUCAUGCAGCGGCACGGGGCCGCGAGAGUGCAGUUGAAUGUCUUCUCGGACACCCAGGCACCAAGGUCAACAUCACCGACAGCGAAGGAUGGACGGCGCUUGUUCAUGCAGCAGCAUGGGGCCACCAAGGCGCAAUCGUACGGCUUCUCGCACACAAGGAUACUGACGUCAAUAUCGUCGAAAGCAAUGGGCGGACGGCACUCAUUCACGCGGCGCACAUGGGCCGCGAGAGUACAAUCGAACGUCUUCUCGCGCACAAGAGCACUAACGCCAAUGCUGCUGACAGGAAAGGACAAACAGCACUCAUCCAUGCGUUGCAAUGGCGUCGUGAAGGCGCAGUUGAACGCCUCCUCGCACACCACGGCACUGACGUGAAUAUCACCGACAGUGAAGGACGAACGACCCUCAUCCUUGCAGUGGAAUGGGGUUUCGAGGGUAUAGUUGAACGCCUUCUCGCGCACAAGGGCAUUAAUGCCAAUGCCAUCGACAACCGUGGGCGGACAGCCCUCAUCCAUGCAUCGCAAUGGCGUCGUGAGGGCGCAGUUGAAUCCCUCCUCGCACACCAUGGCACUGAUGUGAACAUCGCCGACAGCGAAGGUCGAACAGCGCUUAUCCUUGCAGUGGAAUUGGGCUUCGAGGGGAUAGUGGAACGGCUGCUCGCACACAAGAACACUGAUGUCAAUGUCCGCGACAACAAAGGGUGCACCGCUCUCAUUCAUGCAGUGAAAUUGGGCAGAGAGGAUCUAGUUCAACACCUUAUCCUACGGACUGGGACUGAUAUCAAUAUGCCUGACAGAGAUGGGCGGACGGCACUCAUUCAUGCAGUGAAACGGGGCCACGCGGGUAUAGCUGAACUACUUGUCGCACACAUGGCCCCCAUGGGUGUUUUCGCAGGAAAUGCGUGA